ACCAUGUCCCAUAUUCCCUUUCCCACCUGCUGCAUUAUUUAACGUGUGACACGUCUGAACGAAACACACCCGCCGCAGCCGUCCUGACUGAGAGCAGUGUGUGGGGGACACACACAUGCGUCGCUGGUAAUGUUUGCCGCAGCCACAAAGAACUUUGUGAAGCAGGUGGGAGACACGGGCCGGUUGAUCCCCGUGCCCAGCCUGAGCGAGGCCGACCGCUACCAGCCGCUCAGCCUGGUGACCAAGAAGAGGAAGAGGCGCUUCCUGAAGAAGAAGAAGUACGCCUCCACCCCUUUCUCGCUGAAAGACAUCCUGGUCGGGGAGAAGGAGAUCACGGCAGGGGUGUCUUCUUACCAGCUCCUCAACUAUGAGGACAAAUCAGACGUGGCCCUCAACGGUCGCCUGGGGAACCACGUCAUCAACGACGUGGGCUUCAACAUCAGCGGCUCCGACUCGGUCGCCGUCAAGGCGUCUUUCGGCAUCGUGACCAAGCACGAGCUGGAGGUGCCCACGCUGCUGCGGGAACUCAACUCCAGGAAAGUGGACCUUGAUCACUGCCUUGUGCGUCAGUCACGGGAAAAUGGACGCAGCGUCCUCUGCGUGGUCGUGGAAAGCAUCCGCACCACGCGCCAGUGCUCACUGACCGUCCACGCCGGUGUGAGAGGGACGACCAUGAGGUUUCAGAUCGACGACGGCAGGAACCCCCGAGGUCGAGACAAGGCCAUCGUCAUCCCGGCUCACACCACCAUCGCCUUCAGCAUCUGUGAGCUGUUCAUGCGACUGGACGGACGCCUCGAUAUCUGCGUUGCUCCGGAGUCCCAAGGUGGAUUUGAGCGUGAGCAGAUCAGGGAGCAGCUCGGCGGAAUCAUCGGGCGCUUCUCCAUGGGCCGACUGCGGCGCUUCCUGUCCGGCAUCAUCUACGGAAACCCGUUCAGAGCAGAUGACCGGACGUUCGAAGAGCUCACCCAUUCGGACACCUACAUGGACGACAUGGUGACGGACUACUACGAGAAAGCCGCCAGCAUGACGGACGUGUCCACCGCCUAUCUGAGGGAGAGCACCCACACGCGGGUCAACCUCCUCAAACACAACAUCCCCAAGGGCCCGUGCUCGCUGUGCGGCAUGGGGAACCAGAGGCGGGAAACCGUCUAUGGCUGUUUGGAGUGCUCAACCGGAGGCCAAAAAUAUGUCCGCCUGCAUGUGGUGCCCUGUUUUGACCUUUGGCACAAAACACUUCGGUGAUCAAAAAAAAAAAGCGUCUUUGUCUGGUGCUACACUUGUAACUGUUUACCUUGCUGGUUUUUUUUUUUUUUUUAGAUGUUUAACCUUGUUUUCUUUCAAAUAAAAACCACCAACGUCCUUCUUACUUCAUUAACAGCCAACCUUUUUCCUCCAGUAAAAGACUGUUCCUAUAAACUUGGUGUCAUCCCCCUGACCUUUGUGGUGUACAUUGCAGUUAUCGUUUGCAGUUUCUUUUUGGCAACGGCACGUUUGCACACGUGUGCUGUGUGUGCACUGUAGCUGCCAGACUAAUGAAUUAUUCAGUAAUGGUGUUAAAAAUGGACGGGAUGGAGGGAUCGUGUGAAGCUCCGGCGAGAAAGCAAAAAGAGAAGGCCAUGACCUGUUUUUUCUGCUUUACAAGUGUGCCAUUUAUUUUUGGAUGGUCAUCUUUGAGUUUCAUUGCAUAUAAUAGGCUAGUGCACACUGAGCAAAAGGGAUAUUUUGUGAUUAAAUGAGAAGUAUUGUUUCUUUUCACUUAUAUUAUC